UAUGUUAAAUGUCAAAAUAACGUUCGCAGUUCUGCUUCCUCAAUUCCGUAUUUCCUCGCAUUUCCGUAUCAAUAAAAUAACAUAGUCUAAUAAACCAAAUCCAAUAAUUGCAAUACAAUAUAAAUAAAACGACGCCGCGACGUACGGGUCGGUUUGUCAUUUGUAUUUAAUCUUUGUGUAGUAAACAAUAAUGCAGUUCCGCAUCGUGAAUUUAUGAAUAUUAUUGAUUUCUGCUCUUUACUAAGAUAAAGAUGACCAAAAACGUGUAACCAUGACAGUGAGAAUAACUAUUUUUAAGGUGUUUAUAAAGUAUUCCAUAGAAGAGAAAAGUGUUUUAUAUAAAGGGCGUUAAGGCGUUAACGUCAAAUUGCAGUACAUGAGUCAAUGUCGAGAAUAUACAAUGGGCAAUUGGUGGCUGGUAACCGUAGUGGUAUUCCUUUAUCAUGUUAAUUUAGUAAAAGCAGAACGUGGUGAUUACAUUGGAUGUUAUAAAUUCAACGCCAACGAUGCAUUGAACACACACAGCGGUCAGUCGGCCGACGUUUGUUUGGAAGUUUGCGAAGAAUUAUAUUACAAAUAUGCUCUCUUGGGAAACGAUUCGACAUGUUUCUGUGGCAAUUCACCGGGGCAAUUCGAGCUACCAUCAGAAUCAUGCGAUAUUCCUUGCCCAAAAAAUUCUACGCAAAAGUGCGGCGGUGCUGAUGCCGCGAGCGUGUAUGAUACAGAAGUUUCAGCGCCGGGACCACCUGCCUCUUUUAACAUGGUGAAUGUAACUGAGACAACAGUACGAGUCAGUUGGAGUCCACCGCAAGCUUACUCAAAGAUUACAGGUUACAUUAUCCGUGCAAUAAUCAUAGAAACAUUUGCAGAUUUCAACUUGAUACCUUUAGAAUGGAGAGUAAGUAAUACUACUUUGAAUUCUGAACUAUUAAAUCUGCAGCCCGGGUCAACUUAUAAUAUUAGUAUAGCAGCAAGAAAUUAUGAAGAUGAGGGUCCAAAUGUGACGAUUAGAAUUGAAACGGUAAUUGGUACACCAAACCCGAGUCCACCAGAUAUUAUUAUAAAAGACAGACGUGGAGACAGAAUGGUGGUACAAAUACCUGAAGCAAGAAAUGUGAAUGGGCCAGUAUCUAUGUACAGAAUAGUAGUAUCUAUAGAAUUAUAUCAACAAGGGUUUAUUGUUGAAAAUCUUGGAAAUUAUACAUAUGCAAAUGAACAAGGAUAUCCAUAUUAUAUAACAGCUGAAUUGGAUACAGAUGACAUCAAAAAUGAUUUUAUAAUAGGUGAUCGUAGCACUUACAAUGGCUUUUAUAAUGCCCCAUUACCACUGACAUAUGAUAUUGAGGUGUCACUGGGUGUGGUUAGUGAAAAGAAUCAUGUCAGAAAAGUAAGAUAUGCAGAAUCUACAAAAAAGAUAAUUCUUAAUAUUAAUGAACCUGAAGAAUAUUCACCAUUGGUAGUGGCACUUGGUGCAGCAAUAGCUAUCGGAGUUGUGCUAAUACUGAUUGGAAUCGGCCUACUCAUAAUUCUACGUAAAAAGAUUCAAAUAGCUAGAAUGCAAAGAGGUUCACAAUCGAUGCCGUUGAGUUUGAGUGAACCUUGUAUUGAGAUUGAAAACUCUGGGUUUUUACAAGAUGAAGAUGAAAGAGUUGAUUAUUACGGUAACUUGAAACGAAAACUGUGGAAUAUACCUAGAAAUCUCAUUGAUAUUAAUAUAUCAUGUGUUGUUGGUGUUGGUAGUUAUGGAAAAUUUACAAAAGGCAGUGUCCAGCAACACGGAGCCCUCACUCCUGGUCUAGUCCAGGUAAUACCUGAUAGAGAAUUGGAGAAGACAGACAGGCGUCUAAUGUUACAGGAGUUAGAUGUUUUAAUAAAGUCCAGUGAACAUCAAAAUGUGAUAUCUCUUCUUGGUAUUUGCGAGACAAAUACAACGUUAUUUGUUGUCCUACAAGAUUAUAAGCAGACAUUUAAGGAAAUGCUUCUACAAUGUCGCCAGAGAGAUCUGCAGAACAACAAAUUUUGUCUUAUAACUGAGAAUAAAGUUAUACAAAUGUGUGUUGAUGUAGCAUCUGGAAUGGAGUAUCUGCACUUAAAGAAAAUUUAUCACAAAAAAUUGAGUUGUAGGAAUAUUAUUAUAAGUAACAGUGGUGUGGCGAAAGUUGCCGGUUUCGGUCUGUCUCACAUUCGUCCACUUCAUGAAACGCCAGAUUACACGAGGUGGAUGUCACAUGAAAUGCUACGACAGACAAGAUUCAAUCCGAAAGCAGAUAUAUGGUCAUUUGGAUGUUUAAUGUGGGAAGCGUUAACUAUAGGUGCUACACCUUAUCCUAAUACUGUAAAUAAGGAUGUUGCGUCGAGAGUGUUACGCGGUAUGCGUCCAUCUCAACCUUCGUAUGUUAGCGAUGAACUCUUUCAGAUGUGUUUACAAUGUUGGCAGGUUGAUCCUGAUGAAAGACCAGCGUUUACGUCCCUGCUAAAUGAACUUACAUCAUUUACUGACGUACCAGGUAUGAGUAGUCUUAGUUUUACUCAUUACAAUGGAUUUGAAUACGAACCAUACGUGCCACAGUAUGAAAUUGUUUAAUAUUUUUUUUAAUGUAGUUUGCUUGCACAAAAUUAUGCAAUAUUAAUGAUACUCCAAAAAGUCAGUUAAUUUUUUAUAAUCUGUUUAUAUAAUUUGACUCGAUUGUAUUACCCUUUACAUAGAUAUAGUAUGUUUUAAGAUUUUUAAUGUAAUUUUUAAAAACCAAUGUUUUAAUUCUGUAUAUUUACAUUUAUGAUUGAUAGUUAAAACAGAUGCAUAAAAAGAAAAUCUUUGUUUUUUUGGAGUGAAAGAGAGGGGUAACAUAUUCUGUUACUUGUAAGUCUGAAGUGAAAACAGUAAGAGAAGUAAAAAUACUAUAAAAGACUAAUAUGCAGCAAUAAAUGUAAUGUAAUUUAAAGUAUAUAAGAUAUCCAGUAAUAACAUAUGAUAUUUAUGUAAUUAUAUAAGAUUUAUUAUGUAUUGUGAUGCCCAAAGAUUUCACUUUCAUAUAUGCAUAUGCCAAAUUGUAUUAGAUGCCUUGAUGCUAUGAUUAAAUGAUCCUGGGUAAUAUAAUGUUACCUUUAUUCUUAGUACAAACUCUGCAAUGAAGAGUUGCGUAAGGUUUCUGAGACUCAAAAUCUCUAAAUAUGUCAUUCCUUUCAUUAUCUUUGACAAAGUAGAGAUGACAAUUUGUGUAAAGUAGGGAUCUUGGUCUCGGAAACUUAUUAAUGGGUCUUAUAAAUGAACUUAUUGUUUGUGAAAAGAACUGCUUCAUUCUUAGGCUUUAAUAUAAAUAGCAUAUUGUUAAAAUGACAGCUAAUUAUCAUCAUCAUCAUCAGCUCACUAUA